AUGUAUGAUCCAAAGAAAAUGGUUGAAAGACAGCACCCAGACAUUUCAUUUGGCAAUCUCAACUCCAUCAUUUCAACACCCAAAGAACCAGCUGCUCAUCAAAGUUAUGAGCCCACUGGCAGCUAUCUAUCUGUGGGCACAGAUGAGCAGGAAGAAACUCUUGAAGAUGAAAAAGACACAUGGCUUGAUGAGAAGCUAGCAGCCAAACCAGUGCAGGAUUUAGCCUUUGACAUCAAAGUAGAUGCAAACCUUCAUGCACCAAUUGUCACCAAAGUAUUGUCUGAUGAAUGCAAGGAAAGUCCUAUCAAUGGCCUGGGUGGUGAUGCUACUGAGGAUGAUGCUGACCUAGAGGACAAGGACACUGAGUGGGGCGGAAAAUUUUGGUGCAUGCAUGCUGGUAUAGUCAAAAAAUGUUCCCUCAAUGCUCCAAGGGAACUGGCUGCAAUUAAGGACUAG